CGGGACUGGUUUCCCCCGCCCCGGCGAAGGGGUCGGGCGGCAUGGCGAAGCAGAGCCCCGCGGAGCCCGAGGCGCCGGGGCCGAGCGCCGCGGCCCGCGGGAAGGGCAGGAGGAGGAGGAGGAAGAAGGUCUGGCGAGGCGGCGGGGAAACGGCGACGGGGGCCGGGCCGAAAGGGCCCGACAUGGCGGCGGGGGCAGCUCCCCCCCGCAGCCCCCGGGAGUUCUCCUCCAACUGGAAGGCGCUGCAGGAGGUACUGAAACAAAAGGCCAAGAACUCCAACGAGUCCAUCUCUACGUGUCAAACAUACACUAAAAAGAAGCAUCCACUCAAAGCAGGAAAUAGCCAAGAAGUUCUGGCCAUCAAUGGGAACGGGAAUGUGGUAAAGGCCAAAUCCACAAAUAAAAUGGACAGUGGUUCUGCUAAAGACAAUCCUCCUUUGGCUAAGCCAAAAUCCAAGAGGGUUGCAGUGGAUACGAAUUUAAAUGGCACCAAAAGCGACGGAAAAGGCUGCAAAGAAAAAAAGAAAAACGGCAAUAUUUUAAAGGAGAAAGAUGAUAUAAAACAUAAGAGGAGGAAAGCUCAAGAACAUGUGGAGCAGCAACCCAAAGAGGCUGAAAUCUGGUUUGAUGAUGUUGACCCAAAGGAUAUCGAAGCCGCAAUAGGACCUGAAGCAGCAAAAAUUGCUAGAAGAAAUCUGGGACUCGAAACGGGCCAAUCCAAACAGUCUGUGGAGCAGGUGCUGGUUAAAGAAAAGGCUUCUGAAGGGCUGACACGAGCAGUAGCCAUGGACUGUGAGAUGGUGGGAGUGGGACCCAAGGGUGAAGACAGUAUUGUGGCUCGUGUGUCCAUCGUCAACCAAUUUGGAAAGUGCGUUUAUGACAAGUAUGUCAAGCCUACAGAAGAGGUGACUGAUUACAGAACAGCUGUUAGUGGCAUACGCCCUGAGAAUAUAAAUACAGGUGAAGAUUUUAAAACAGUUCAGAAGGAGGUCGCCGACAUCUUGAAUGGAAGGAUUUUAGUUGGACAUGCUUUACGCAAUGAUCUAAAGGUCCUAUUUCUUGAUCAUCCUCAGAAGAAGAUACGUGACACACAGAGAUACAAGCCUUUCAGACAGAGAGUCAAGAAUGCACGGCCAUCAUUGAAACUGCUCUGUGAGAGACUGCUAAAUGUUCAAGUGCAGACAUCGGAGCACUGCUCGAUUCAGGAUGCACAAGCAGCUAUGAGACUCUACACCUUGGAGAAAAAGAAAUGGGAAGCUGCUGUUAAGAACAAAUCUAACAACAAAAAUUGUAAAACUUGAAUGGUGUUUAUCUGCAGCAUUUGCUGGUUUCAUGUCACAUUCCAGGGCAAAUUCAGAGAUAACUCAGAACUGACAGCAGCUACUUCAUAAAAUCAAUCAAAAGACAAUACUUCCUAACCUGGUACAUGAAUGCUGCCAUACCAAAAUACCGCUAGUAUCUCCUUUCUGGGUGGUACUUAUGCCUAAUGUCUACUACUGUGUUUAAACAAUACUUGUAACAAAUGCCUGCAUUUGUGAAGUACUUCAUCAGUUCAAUUUCUGCAAAGGAAAUACACACUGAAUAAGUUAAAAAAAGUGUUUUUAAAUUACGAUAGAUGAAGGAAGAAACUGUCAUUGCUUUGCUGAAACUCCCAAGACUAAAGUCUUUAUUUCAAGUAUUUUAAAGUCUACAAAGUAAGGUGAAUUCUUAAUUAUUGCUGUUAGUCUCUCAGUUGUGGUACCUAAAUCAACAGAAUAUAUAACUGUUUAUAUAUUAUUAAUGGCCCAAUAUUAAUCUUUCUGGUGAGAAAAAUCUUUUAAAAUAUUUCUGGAGGAUCCAAGCUUUUAUAUUUGAGCCAGAAGUGUACAAGUCUUGUUCUUAUACAAAAAAGUUUUCUUUCACUUCUGCAGUUUCAAAAGCGUUGCAUCCACAAGGGUCAUUAUCUCCUGGAGAGAAAUGUAAGAAUUGUCAAAACAAGAUUACCUUGUUGUUUCACUUAUUUUUAUAUUCCUUUAUUAAUAAAAACACUGUGUCUAA